UUUUUAAAAUCGGCUUCGCAGAUAUAGUAAAUUCAUUUAAAACUACCUAUUUUAUUUCACUUUCACAUCCAAAUAAUGAACCUGUCCAUAUCUAAUUGCUUUAGGCUUAAAAAUAUGAAAUCUAUAAUUGAUCGCACUAAGAACAACUCCAUAAAUUGUAAUAAGCACUUAUAGUAUUAAAACUACUACUACCAUGCAUGGUCAUCUUUGUUUUGUAAAGAAAUUUAGAAUCAGGAGAUAUCGUAUACUGGAAAAUAAUAUUGGAAGUAAUUGGAUAAAUAUUAGGGCUUAUUGUAAUUGGGAUAUCAAAAUCAACAAAUGUUUAAUUCAAGCUACUUAGAUUUAAAAAUUAUGA